AUGAAUACUGCUGCUUCUCCGAAUAACUUACUUCUUAGAACAAAUGAUGAUGAGAAUAAAGAAAGUACAACACUUCUAUGGUUUGAUCCAAAUAUUGGUUCACAUGAAGAUACAGAACAAACUAAACAAGAACUUCGUUCUAUCAAUGAUUUUGUCAUCUUUUACACUGAUCUCAAGCUAUGUGUGACAUUUGUUCAAUCCAUCAAGAAAGAAAAGAUCUUCUUAAUUACAUCAGGAUCAAAAGCAUCACAAUUUCUUCCUCUUAUUUCUCAUCUAUCUCAAGUUGAUUCUAUCUUCAUCUUUUGUAUGAACAAAGAUAAACAUCAACAUCUUAUCAAUGAAUAUUCUAAAAUCAUAGGUAUUUAUGUUUAUCUCAAUGACUUAUGCUCAUCCAUUCGACAACAAAUCGAUCUCUUCAAUAAACAGCUACAAACAUUCAGUAUUUUCGAUCAUCAUCAACAAUCAACAAAAGAUCUCUCAAAACAAUCAGCUGAAUUUCUGUGGUUUCAACUCUUUCAUUAUGUCACGACUCGUCUUCCAUGA